UUCAUGAUAGUUUCGCAAUCGCAAUUGCUGAUUGGAAUUCGCCGAAACAGGUAGCUUGAAGAAACAAAAACGUAUACUGCCCGAAAAAAAUAUUUUGCGUUACGUGACAAGUUGCUUCAAACCACUGCGACGCUAAUGACGUGACCUAUAUCUGUUAUACGUUGUGAAAAUGAAAUAGCUACUCGCAGCACUCAAUUUCUAUUAGAAAUGACUAGUUAUAUCAUUUUUCAGUGACAGCAUACAUGCUGUCACUGAAAAAUGUAAAAAAGUCUUAUUCCCAAUAAUCCCCGAAUUACAAAAGGCAUAAUCUCCGCUUUUACCACAAUAUGCUAAUUUGAUCCUGUCACAAACUACCUUUGGAGACUGACUGGGAGACCAAAUCCGAGACGUAAUCACUCUCACAUAAAGAACCUCGUCAUUCAUUCAAGAAAUACUACCAUUUUUACAGUACUUUUUAUGAAAAGGGAUGGAACGAGAACUAAAGGAAGAUGCCCUCACAACUGUUGAGACGAAAAAUCCAAGGAUUAACGUAUUUACACUUAAACAACAUUGCCGUUCAGUGGUUGGGAUUCUUCUUGCGUUACUAUCUGUUUUAUCACUGGUUAUGGUGAACGUGUUUGCAAAACUCUGCCUUUUUCUCCCUCCUUUUGAAAUUGGAAUUAUAAGAUUUGUGAUUCAUCUUGUAUUGACAAUACCACCUGUUAUUCACGCAAACCAUUCUCUUGUUGUUUGUCCGCCAAAACACAUUGUACUUCUUGCUUUGAGGCCAUUAUUGGGAGCAAGCGGAAUGUUUACACGAGUAUACGCUGUUCAAAACAUGCCUUUGGGGGAUGCUACCGUAUUAAUCUUCACGUCCCCAGUGUUUACAGCCAUAUUCGGAAGGAUAUUCUUGAAGGAGCGUUUACAUUGGAUCUAUUCGAUUCUUCUUGUAUUGUGCUUGGCUGGAGUAACUCUGAUUGCACGACCAACAUUCAUCUUUGGACAUCCAGACAGUGCUCCUGAGUAUGAUAACGUGUUGAUACCCUCUCUUGUUGCUUUACUGUGUGCUGUGUUGACAGCUCUUGAUAUUGUAGGUGCUAGAGUACUUCUAGAAACGUACAAGAUUCCAUCUAGUUUAGUGCUAUUGUACUUUGGUUUGGUUGGACUUGUUUAUUCAAUUCUUGGCUCCUACUUUGACAGAGGAUUCCAGUUUCCAUUUUGUCGAAGUACAGAUUAUUUGUUUGCUUUAUGUGUGGGCAUCUUUGCAUAUCUCUCUCAAUUAUUCCUGAAUAUGGCGCUUAAAUGUGAAAAAGCCUUCGUUGUUGCACUCGCGAGGAGUUCGGGCAUAGUGUUUGGGUUCGUCUUUCAAAUAAUUAUUUAUUCCCUURUUCCUAGUUCUUUAAGCUUUGGUGGUGCAUCAUUGAUAAUAUCAUGCAAUCUUUUCAUUUUUAUUUUCAAGUGGUAUCAUCAAAACAUAAAUCAAUUGUGAAUCAUUAAAURRUGACAAACAAAAAGUCGCCCAUCACUGAGAAGAGGUUGAACAUUCGGUACAAGGAGUAUUAGAGCUCUACUCCAUAUUCCGCUGCUCUCAACGAGAAAUUUUAAUUAAAAUGUUAUUUCCACUUAAUGA